AUGGCCAAGUAUGGCAAGCAGGGUUUCUCAACUUGCGUGCACUGUGGCAACUGGGCGUGGAACUGGAGGCUCAAGAAGCAGAAGGGGGCGUGCGCGGUUAGCAACACACCUCAGCCAGGAUGGAGUACCACUGCGAGAGGCAAGUGGUGGGCGCCGUGGUCCUCGGGCGGUGGGUGGCAUGAGCAUGGGCAGUCUGAGCCGUCUCUCGCCAACCUCGGGGACUACCUGUCGAAGGCUCUCGCGGGUGCUGGGCUCGCUGGGGACCCCGACGCGACGCGCCUGGCGACGGAGUUCAGCAUCCUGGCGUCCCAGAAGCUUGUGCCGGCUGCUGCGCCGCCCGAGCCCCCGCAUGCGCUGCUCAAGGCACUGGAGAGGGCUGCCAAGACGCUGGUGCAGGCUCGCCUCCAGCUCGAGAAGGCCCAUUUCAAGUUCGACGAGGCCGCCGACGCGGUCAUGGCAGCCGAGCUGCAUCGCCUGGAGGUGCAGGAGGCCGCGAACCCGCCCGAGACGGCCAAGCAGUCCUUGUUCGGGGUGGACCCCGAGCUUCUCGAGAGCCUCGAUGAGCUCGAGGAGAACGACAAGCAGGCGCCCGAGCAGCUCCAGAGGCAGCUGCAGGACCUCACGCAGCAGGCGGAGGCCAGGCAGAAGGAGCUCCAGACUCUGCUGGAGCGUGCGCGGUCGGCGCACCAGGUGGCGGCCCAGCGGCGCAAGCGCGGCGCCGAUGGCGAGGCCGUCGAAGGCGGCGCGGGUGGCACGGCUGCGGCCAACUCUAGGGCCCCCGCGACGCUUGGCGCCGCUGCUGCCGCCGCCGGGCCCAGCAAGUCGAAGGCCGUGGUGCAGGAGAGCGACCAGAAGGCCAUGCUCGAGCGCAUCAAGACCAGCGCUCAGUCGCAGGCGCGCGAGGCCGCUGCUAGCAAGGCCGCUGGCUCUGGCAAAGGCGGCGCUGCGGGCUCUGGCAAGGGCCCUGCCGGACGCGAGAGCAAGCGGUCCAAGAAGCGUGAGGAGAAGAGGCAGCGGCGCUUGCAGGCGUUUCCCAUCGAGCUGCAGGAGGGCUUCGACGAGCUUGAGCCGCCAGCUUCGCCGCCUGCGCCGUCGGUGUCUUUCGCCAUCCCUGAGGACACGUGGUUUGAAGCUCAGACCCAGCUGUACUGGGAAGGCUGCAGCUUCUGA